UCAUAGGAUCGACGCAGAUUUAUUAUUAACAAUAGAACAAAAAGUUGUACGAUCAGAUGGUUAGUUGGAGUGCUUUCGACUAGUGAUGAUACCGAACGACACUUUUUUUUUGAAAUAGAAUAUGCCUCCAGACGGCGGUUGGGGAUGGGUCAUUGUUUUGGCAAUGUCAAUAAAUAACCUCUUGACAAUACCCAUGAUGCAAAUAUUUGGAUUUGUUUUUGGUGAUAAAUUACACGACAUUGGUUUAUCUGCCAUUAAUAUAUCCGUCAUCACCAACACAAGUCAGGCGUUUGGCCUACUUCUGGGUUUUAUUAACGGAGCCUUACUUAAAAAGCUAGGCUAUAGGAAAGUUGCUUUCGCAUCUGCUUUCUUUAUAUUUAUAGGAUUUUUCACAACUGCCUUUGCAAACAGCUUCACAACGUUCCUUAUUACUUAUGGAUUAAUUUAUUCUACUGGAACUGGAAUGGCUAAAUCGGCCUAUUUUGUGGCACUUAAUACUUUCUUUUUAAAGCAACGUAGUAAAGCUUUGGCCUUAUCAUUUACCAUUUCCUCGUUAGGGCCAAUAUUACUUCCACAACUUGUACCCUACUUAUUAUACAGUUAUGGUUUAAAAGGGACUGCAUUGAUUCUGGCAGCAAUUCUUAGUCAUACAUUCGUGGCAGCGUUACUUUUACAGCCAAUUGAAAAACAUGAAAAAAUGGACCCAGAAGAUGAUACUGUAAACGCAUACCACAAGGAAAUUAUAACAAAGUCAUCUGAUGUCACAGAUAUAAAACCAUCGUUUUAUGAUUUCGGUAGUACAGAUGAUUUGGAUAUUAUAAACAGAAGUACUUUAUCUUUAUAUACCGAAAGAAGACCAACGAAAAGAAGAUUUUCGAACAAAAUGUACACUUCAUUAAUAUCUUUUUCUGAAGACACCCCGGAUAAACCUGUCUCAGUUGAUAAUAAUAUAAUUAAAUUGGGAAUUGAAGAUGAUUUGAAUGCGAAGGAAAACCACCUAAUAAACCGAAAGAAAAUUUUCGAAUUUUUUAAAAGCGCUUCCAAGCUAUUCGAAUUAUCAUUAAUCGUUGAUCCGAUUUUUAUUAACAUCAUAAUAGGAAUUUCGUUGGCAAUGUUUGUGGAUUUAAAUUUUGCCAUAUUAACUGCUUUGAUGUUAACUGACUUCGGACUAGAGAAAAAUCAGAUAGCCACGUUUAUGUCUGUUCAGUCAUCUGCAGAGCUGAUUUUUAGAUUCGCUGCGCCCUACGUUGGAUGCUGUUUAAGCGAUUCUCCUAGAAUAUUGUAUAUGAUUUGUCUAAUCUUCUUAUCCAUAAGCAGAUUUUUAUUCGUAUGGGUGCAGGGAUUUACACUUUUGCUUGUAUCUGCUGUUUGUAUGGGAAUAUUUAGAGGAUUAAGAACAAUCUACAUGAAUCUUGUAAUUCCAUCGUAUGUUCCUCUCGAAAAAUUACCUGGCGCAUCAGGAAUUCAACUGUUUUUAAAUGGAAUAAUGUUUCUAGUUGGCGGUCCCAUUUUAGGUAUCUGAUUUGUAAAGGACGUUACUGGUUCGUACAGAGGAUGUGUUAUUUUGAUGAACUGUCUAAUGCUUCUCGGUGUUUUUAUGUGGGCCAUAGAAAUGAUGAUUGUUAAAAACAAAAAGAAGACAGUGGAUCAAACAUAAAGUUGUUCAUUUGUUUCGAAAUAGGAAAACAGAAUUUGAUGCAAAUAAGACACAGAAAUUAUAUGUACAAUAAUAGAUACGCGCUUCUGCAACAUCUGUGAUAAUUGAGAUAAUAAAAUAAAUAUAAUUUCUAUAAUGUAUUUUUAA